CCAGUAAUCGUAUAAGAGCGCCGAUACGCCGCAUGCAUAAACGUGCUUUGUGUUUUGUAUAAAAUCUGCUGAGAAUUAAUUAUUUUAGUUGGACUUGUCAUUUUAAGUAUAAUGGAUACCACAAUCGACAAUUUAAAGGAGAAUAUAAAUUCCACUGAUAAUAAUGAUAAAUUGGAUAAAUUAAAAAAGUCUUAUAUGAUACUAAAACAAAAAGUUUGUAGAUCACAUGAAUUAAUUAAACUAUACAAUGACAAAUUGAAAGAAUGCGAACGCAUGAAAAUAGAUUUAGAUUUAGCAAAUAAGGAAACCAAAAAAAUGACCACUAAUUAUAAUGGAACAUUGGCGAAAGUUAUUAAAUUGGAACUUCAAAAUACGGAAUAUAAGAAAAAAAUCGAGUCGUUGUCGAAUACUAUAGUAAUGCAUGAAACUAAAAUUGCUGGAGAUCAACAACAUUUGCAACAGUUGACAUGCAAAUUAAAGGAAAUAGAAGAUAAACAUAUGGAUGAAAGACUGCAAAUAGAUAUGGAAAAAACUUUAUUACAAGAUAAAGUCAAAGAACUGGAACGUCAAUUGAAGAUAUCUAAUAAAACUAAUAAUUCAACAAAGAAAGAGAAAAUUAAUAAAAAACAAGGUAUAGACAAAGGCAUACAUUGUUGUUUGGAAAAUGUGAUACCAAGGGUAGAUGUCGCUGUAAAUACAAUAAAACAUGUAGAACUUAAUACUCAAGUUGAGAAGAAUGUAAUGACAGAUAUGACUUUUAAAGCAGAUAAAGAUAAUCUUUAUCUUUUGUUUUGUGAUAAAUGUGAAGAUUUAGUGUGUAAUCCUGCUGAGAAAAUUUGCAAAACGAUGGGUAUAAAUCCUGAAAUUAUUCCACAACUUCCUUCGUCUACAAAAUUACAAUCUACAGUUUCUGUAUCUGUAUCUUCUCCUGAAAAAGAUGAAGACUCUCAGACAAAUAAUAAAAAAAGACUCGGUGUCCAAAAUUCAUCGGAAGAUAUAAAUAUUCACGAUAACAAUUCAAAUUUAACAUCGGUUCCUUCAUCGUCUGAAUUAUCUAAAAUGAUAUCUUCCUCUUCACAAGAUCCUUGUAUAGCAAGAGAGGAAUCUUUUUCCGAUUUAACAAAAAAUUCAUCUUUUUCAAGUAAAUUUGAUGAAUUAACAGAUUUAGUCAAAACUUCAUGUAUAAUGAAAGAAAAUAAUAAUACGAGCAAUUCGUCAUCUUUUAAUAAUCUACUGCAUAAUUUUGAAAAAUUAAAAAAGAAGAUGAAAAAAUUAGAAAGAAAGGUAGAGAAACAAUCUCAAGAAAAGAAGCAAUUGGAUACAAAUUAUUUCCCGCAUGCGCCGUGCAUAAAUUAUUACUCAAACGAAAUGUUAAAUCAUAACUUCUCAUUAAAUAUGAUUUCUACAUUUUUGAAUGGAUUACAAGAUAUCGUGAACAAAAAUAUACGUAAGCGUAAUAAAGCUCAGAAGAGAAAAUAUGAACCUAAAGUCUGUAAAUUUAGUUCCAAAAAGAUAAAGCUUAAACGAGCACAACAAAAUCUAUCAAUGUGUAAUAACGUUUGGAAUGUGGAUUCAAUAAAAUCUUCCAAUGAGCGAACUACGAGAACCGACAAUUCUACAUCAAAUGAUAAUUUGGAUAAUUCAUGUAAUUCUGUAAACAAUGAUGUAACGUUAGACGAUGAUUCAAGUGAUAUAAAUGUCGACAAAGUUAAUUGCUACAAUAAUGUAAUUAAAGAACAUUUGAACGAUACCGUUUUGAUCCCUAAUAAUUCGAAGAUAGAAAAAUUACGAAUUACAAAUAAUAAACACGAGAAGAAUCCCGUAAUUGUUACGUGUCAAACUGCAAGUGAUAAUGUAUCGAAUUCUAUGGAAGAAACAAAUUCAAGUAGUUUGGAUAAUGAAGAUUGUUCUAUUCCUACAGUGACUAGUAAAAAACAAGCAAUAAAUGGUCCUCUAGUUGUAGAAGGAUUUGAUCACAAAAGUAAAGAUUCUUCUAAAAAUAAGAUUCGUAGUAGUGAUAAGGAUACUGUUAUGGUAAUGAAUGAUCUAGUCCCUAAUACUAAUAUAGCUUCCACAUCUAGUGCAAGUAUUUCUAUAAAUAAGUCUAGUGUAUCUGAUACUAAGAAGCAAAUAAGUAUUCCUUUUAUCAAGAAAUUUGAAAAUACUGAGUACACAGUAGAAGAAAUGCCACCGGUAAUCGAUAACAUCCCACCUUUUAUGGAAACUUCAACUUUUAUGAAUGAGAACAAAGGAAAUGAUAGCACUAUUAAUACAACUGCUAAUACAUCUUCUAUUAGCAGUGUUAUUGUUACUGUUAGUGAUACUUCUACUAGUUCUACUACUUCUAACAAUAAAAGUCCUAUUACUGCAAAUAUUAAAAGCCGUAAACGUAAAUUGCAGAUAUCUGAAAAAGAAUUAAAUCAAUCUAAUUUAAUUAAAGACUUGUCAACCGUAGAGAAAAAUAAUAAAGAUAUUUGUAAUAUUGGAAAUGAUGGAACGUGCAUCAUUGAAAAUACAAAAAAUAAUACUCCUGAAAAAGUAAUGAAUAACAAGUCCGAUGUUCGGAUAACAGAUAAUCCAUGUCUUAUACCACAAAAAAAGCAAUGUACAGUACAUCUAAUGAAAAGAAACAAUCAGGAAGUAUCGACAUUACAUAAUGAAAAUUUAGAUGCAAGUCAAGAAACGAAUGACAAAUCUGUUAAAAAGACAUUAGCAAAUAUAUCGGAUAGUACAUCGACGGAUGAAGAAAAAAUUGAUUCUAUAGAAAACCAAAGUAAUAACAUAAAUGUUGAAACAAAGCAUAGCUUUGCAAAAAGAAAAAGUCCGGGAUCCAAUUACGUAUUUGCUUCAAAUAAAACUCGUGUUGGAUUAAUGGGUCGUUUAAAACAUUUACGAUCUCAGUCUCUAGUUAAAGUCAGUAACGUAGAGUUGUUCAAUUCGAAUGAACCAGAAACUGUAAAUAAUAAAAGUACUAACCAGAGUAAAUGUGUAUCCAUAUCCGCGUCUAAUAAAAAUAAUGGAAUGGAAAAAAGUUUAAUGGAAAAUCUUGGCGAAUUAAAAAAAACAUAUAAAAACUGGACGACUAAGGAUUUGUUGGAUGAUUCUUUUAACAGUAAUGAGCAAGCAAAGUCAGCAGAUGAAUUAACGGCAAAUAUUGCGCCUGCUGCUAGUUUGGAUUUUAAAUUGACUGAUGUAAAUAAGAAUACAGAAGAUAAAUGUUUUACCAAUAUUAUAACAUCAUUACAAGACUCAAACUCGAUGCAAGACAAGGAUGUAUCCACUGAUUCUAAUAGUGAUACAACAACCGAGAAAAAAAGUAUCGAAUCAGACGAGGAUAUUUGUUCAGAAUUAUGUCCUAAAACUAUCACCGAUGAAGAAGAUCAAAUUAUAAAAGAUGUAACCUUACAUUCUUCUCUAUUUACAUUAAUUAGUCCUCUAAAGGAUGAUAGCAUCCCUGUUGUUAUAUCUAAAAAGUACUCAAAGAAAAAAAUUAACAAACCAAUUCAAGAUGUAGCAAUAGGUCCACAUAGAAUAUAUCCUAUGCAGGAACUCGAUAUCUUAAUGCAUUCUGAACAUACGCUUACAUCAAAAGCAGAACAAACAAACAUUUUUAAUAAUACUAAUAAAGCAACAAAAAUUAAAACUGAUAAAAGAAUGAUUAGCAAAGGAGAAUCCAAAUUACAAUCUAAAUUCGUUGAUAAAAAUAUACAACAGGUUAAUAGAGUGUCUCAGAAAAAAGAAAAACUCUUAAAUAGUCUCGCAUGUGAAGAAAGUAUUGAGGAACAUUGUAGCGUGUCUAUAAAUGUUCAAAAACAAAGCACAUCAGAAAUGACAAUGAAUGAAGCAAAAAAAGAUACAUCGAUCAAUAGUUAUGAAAAUGGAAAGAUACAUUCAGAAAUAUUUAUAGAUCCAACAAACACGACAAUAUCUAAUGACGACGUAGACAUUCAAACACAUAAUGUGAUAGUCAAUGAUUUAGAAGCUGUUUCCGCCAAUAACGGAGUGGAUGUUAAAAAUAUUAAUAACGAUUUGGUUAAUCCCAUUACAUUAUUAGAAAAUCAUUUGAAAACAAACCAACAUACCAGAGGGUUGAGGAACUCCAAAAAAGCACUGAAGAUAAUAGAACCACUAUGUAUACAAACAGAUAAUUUUGUUAAUAAGCAAUUAUGCAGAAUCAUAAAUGAUACUGAUUGGUCUAUGUCUGUACAUAGAGAUGUUGUUGAUAAAUUGUCUUCUAUAUGCAGCGUUCGUAUUGUUGCCAAAUGCAUAGUGGACUUUAUGCUUGAAAGAAAAGAGAAUAAUUUGGAUAAAAGUUAUACACCACCAGCACCCUUGAUGACAAUAACUCAACAAAAAAUUGUAACAUUAUUAGUUGACCUCGAAAUAAAAUUGCCUACAGUGAUAAAAUGGGUUCAAGCUGGAAUCGAAUAUAAAAUUUUCAGAUUAAAUAACGCUCCUAUGUUACAUCAGAUACAAAAUCUUAUAAGACUAUACAUCGUUCUAACACGGAUACAAAAGGAUCGAGAAAAAGCUAGAAUGCUAUGUUGCGAUGCUUUAUAUUGUCUAGGAUUACAUGCAAUUCCGGUUAUUUAUACAGUAUUGACAUGUUGGCCAGAAAUAUUUCCACAGUUUACAGAAAAUAUUGAUAUUUUACCAAAGUAUAUGGCACAUUUUAUUAUGUCUCUACAGGCUAAUAACUUUCCUCAGUUAUAUGCUUUGAAAAAUUUAUUAUCAACUUAUUAUAAAUAUAAACCAGGAAGUUCUUUAACUAAAAAUUUAGUAGAAGAAUCAUUAAAAUCUUUAGAAGUGAGAAGUAAUUCCAAUGCGGGUACUGAUAAUUUGAAAACAGCUAUUAUAUUGCUUGCGAAAAAGGAAGGUAUAUCGUGGAGCUAUACUAAUAUUAUACAAAGCCGUUUGUUGCCAAAUAUAAUUAAUAAAAAAUAUCUGUCAAUGUACGAGCCAUUUUGUUUACUUGGCUAUCUUAUGCGUACGUUUCCAGUAGAAGAUAAUGAUGGAAUUGUCAAAAAUGUCAUCGAACAACUCUCAGAUUUAAUUGACUCAGGAAAAGGCUCCCACGAUCAACAGGAAGGCAUAGUAUCGGCAUUGUUAAGUUUAUCUAGACACGACGUUGAAAAAGUAAUCAGUUCUGUGAUGAAAUGGAUCCCAAGUAAAUCUUUAAGAAUAACUACUAUUGAUCAAUAUUAUGCGUUCUUCAGACAACGAACGAAAAUUCAUUGGAAAAAUUAUCUAAAAAAAUUGAACAAAGUAUAUGUUAAAGAUAUCAGACUUUAAA